GUGGGAGACGCCCCUCCGCUCGGGGACGGUCGCUGAGGGCGGUGCGGGGCGGGGGGAGGACAGCAGCUUGUCGGGCGCAGGAAAGGGCUUCCCGGGCUGGCGGUGGGUGAGCGCCGCGCUCACCCUAGCCCUCCCCGCCCCCAUUUGGGGAGGCAGCAAACUUGAGACGCGCGGCGGCCCCGGGGCGCCCGCUCCCCUUCGCUGCGAAGCGCACUUGGGGGCUGCCCGAGGCUCAUCGUCCCACAGCCUGCCCGGCUCCGGGCUGCUGAGAAGCCUGGAAACCCUGAGGUCCCCACGCCUGCACCAACUUUCCAAACCAGGGUUGCACGCGGAGACAGGGGCAGCCUCCUGCUUCCUGCCCCCCGCCCCUGCCCCGCACCGGCACCGACCACUCUGCGCUGAACUGGUCGGGGGGCGGGCGGGGCAGGGGCUGCUGGAAGGUGCAGAACCCCCGCGGAAGCCAGAACCACCCUCCUGCUCUUCCCUGGGUAGGACCCGGAGAGCAGCGCCUCCCGGGCUCUGGGAACCCAGAGCGGCCUUGGCCGGGAAGCUAGGGGUUAAAAGGUAAGACCUAAUGGUCGUCCUAGGGUGGCACCUUGGCCUGAAUUUUGAUACCACAGGACACCUCCAUCCCCAUCCUGCGCCUGCCCCUUCCCAGGAUUACGUUCCUCACCUCUGGUGCAGCUUUUCUCCAGAUGGGCUUGAACACUGCUCCUAAGCUGAAGGCUUCUAAGAAAGGCCACUGGGGAGUCCAAGUGCCAGAGGUUGGGCUUAGACCUUUGACAGAGAGGUGGGGGCAGGAGAUGGGGAGGUGGAUGUCCAGUCAAGGACAGACAUUGAGCCCAGCAUCUUCCCCAGGGCCGAUAGGGGCUGGAGGCAGAGGGGACCUGGGAUUGGGGGCAGGAGGUAGGCACCCUGGCUGGGAGGCCAGAGGAGCUGUAGGUAUAAGAGGCAAGCAGGUGGGGGCCAAGGUACCAGGUACCUGCUUCAAGGGUUCCUCAACCCCUUGAGGUGGGGCUGGCUGUCUCAGGCAGAGAGACCUUACCUGGGCAGGCAGUACCGGGGCUCCAGUCCUCCGCUGCUGGGGACACUUAACAGGCAUCACCAUGACCCUGUUUCUUUUUCUAAGUGCUCUCACCGUCAUGACUCACACAUCGGAUUCACUGGGGAGGUAUCAAGCCUCCAACCUAUUCUCUUCCCCUCCCUCCUGGGUUUUCAGGGAGCUACUGGGGAAAGGAGGGGGUGGAUUUGCCCCGGGGCCUUAGCCCCCUGAGAGAGGCCAGGAGCCUGGCAUUGCAAACUUUCAUUUCCUUGCUGCUGUUCUGAGCAGGGCAGGUGAGCGGCCUAGGCCAGGCCAGGGUGGGAGGGCAAGUGAGAGGAAGUCUCUUCUAAUGAUUCCCCCAACCCUGCUGAGGCUUUGAAAUCAUAGCGCCGCCUCCCUCCUGGCACAAACAAUGCCGACCUCCUCACCUCAAAGCAGAAACACAUUUCCCCCUAAAAUCCAAAUUUCCCUCUUUGCUGAGUAUUGCAAUGUUUUUGGCCAGAGGUUUGCUCUUCUACAUCUGAAGUCAAGCUUCUCCUGCAGACAAGCUUCCCUCUUCCCAGGCCCUGAAGUCCCCCACCCCCCGCAUUAGAAGGGAGCCCCCUCACCUCCCUGUUCCCCGCCCACAGGGCCCUACUUCCAGAGGAGGAGUGGUGCCGAUGGAGCUCAUAUGGGGGUAUGUGUGUACCGGCUGCACACACACGGAGGAGGUGUACAUCUGUGCUCCAGAGUCUGCAGGGGGUCCCAGAUGCCAUGCUCUCACCGCGGGGGGGGGGCAGGCUUGUGCCCCACCCCCAGUUCCCCUUGCCCACACUCCUGUUUCUCUCCCUUGCCCACUGUGGGUCUCUCUUUACUUUUCCAACUCACUCUGCAUCGGUGCGGGGAGAGAGCAUUUGAUAUUCAUAAUCUGGUUCAGAGAAGGUCCCGAAGCCCUGAGUCACUGUAUGGUUUCUAUGGAAACAGACUUGUUCAGAGGACUCGGUGUAGCGCGGCCAGCGCUGGUGGGGGAGAAGGGAAACAUAUAGUAAAAUCAGGCUCCACAAGUGUGGCAGGAGUUGGACCAACUCCCUUCAAGGGGGGCAGGGAGAGGCUGGGCAAGGCUCUGGGGUCCUUACAGGAGGGGCUGCCUCUCCCCACCCACUGGGGUUAUGCCCCUCCCGCCCCAGGAGCUGCUCCGCUCCCUCUGUGGCUCUUGGCAGGUUGCUGCUUCUCCCAUGGGCUUUCUGACUAGGUGCCCAGGCUUGUGGCUGCCACCGUAUGCCUCAGUCUCCUCCUCUGUGAAAUGGGGAAAAUAAGAGCACUUUACCUACCUCAUAGAGUUGUUGGGAAGGUCAAAUGCAUUAAUACGAGGAAGACACUCAGAACGCAGCCAUAGUGAGUGUUCAGUAAGCGUCGUCAUUAUUAAUUCGGGGUGUUGGAAGGAACGCCCCGGCAGUGCGUUCACCUGGAUCCAUCCUCUGUGUUUGGCAGGUGGUCCUGACAUCUGGCAGGGCUGGCCUCCUGCUUUGGAAGCGCCUCCCCAGCAGUGCCGGUACACCCCCAGCUGGGAACCAGGCAUCCAUUUCUUCCUCCCACGGAGCACUUAUUUAGGUUGCCGAGGGCUUGAGCGCCACGCCAGGGAGUCCUGGCUCCCGUUCAGACCCCACCUGUCUAGGAGCUUUGUGGGAACAAAUCCUCCAGGUCCAAAUGGAUGGGCAGCUUCCCGCCUCAGCCCCUUUGAAAUUGGGCCAGAGGUAGAGGGUGGGAGAGGUCCAGGCUCUGAGGACAGAGAGAGGGGACUGGAAUGGGGCAACUUUCCCUGAUCCUGGAGAGGCCGGUUCGCCUGGCUGGAGAAGCAGCUCCCGAUGACCCACCAAACAGGGGUCAGGAACUCUCCAGAAAGGUAACAGACGCUGGCCUCCUCAGCCCCGCAGGUUAGAACCUCUGCUGCUGAAGUGUUCCCGGCGUACCCUACAAGUCUGGACUGGCUCGGGGCUCCAGCCUGAGGCACCAGCUGGUGUGCUGCUGCCCAGCCAGGCUGGGAGAGGGGCCUGCCCACGUCUGCUUAGCCCAGCCGCGCCUGCCUGGGCAGCAUCUGUGCGUGGCUUGAGGGCAUUCUGAGCUCCAGUGAUGGCCCAGCCAGUCUCCCUCACCCGCCCUUCUUUCAGUUGCUGCCCUCCCCUCCCUGGCCUGCAGACAGCCCCUCCUCCUUUCCGUGUCACUGUUCCCCUCCUCCCCUCCCAUAAGGUGGGCUUCAGCUCCAAGCUCCCUAAAGGCAGUCCCUGUAUCAGUACCAGCUCUCAGAGCUGCAAAGCAUCCUGCUUGUCCGUCCUAUUUUACAGGUGGGAAAACUGAGAUUCUUGGGGUUUGCCUGUUAAAGCCAUCACCCAAGCUAGCCGUGGCUCUUCCCAGCUCCACCCCAGCCCUGGGGAUGCCCAUCCCUCUUCCCUGGCUCUCCAGGUAGCCCUAGAUGCUGCCCAGAACCUUCCCUACCCUCCUCCACGCUGACAGUUUCUUGCCAAGGUUCUUCCCUCAGGCCUCUCUGGACCGCUUUGCCAUCCUCACUGGUGUUCACAACACCUUCUAAUUUAAUAUCCUCUGCAAAUUUCAUUAACGGACUGUUUACUCCCUCUCUCAGGAUCAUUAAUGAAGAUGUUAGAUAAGAUCUGACCCAGCGCUGGGUCUUGGCAGCCCUGCCCCCUCUCCCAGACUCUGUCCCUCAACCCCUUACCCCUGGCUUUGCCUCCUCCACCCAGGACCCUUGGGACCUGCCCCCUCUUGCUUUCAGCCCCAUGACAAGUGCUUAGGGCCAAGUCUGUUUGAAUUAGUUUUGCAAGAUUGCUUGAGGCGCUGUAUCAAAUGCUUUGCUAAAAAUCAAGAUAUAUUACCCUGCCUGCAUUUCCUUCAUCUACCAGUCUUGUAGUUCUAUCAAGAAAGCUAUCAAGUUUGUCAGGCAUGAUUUGUUCUUUAUAAAGCCCCACGGUGCCGCGUGGGGCACAGAGUUCCCGCGUUUUCUAAAUGUUUAGAGAUUCCCUCUUUGUGUUUGCUCGUCGAUUAGAGUUGCAAGGCUGUGGGCUGGGAAUUGUCGGGAAUGCUCAUCUCUUCUUCCUCUGGGACGGGGACGGAGCACAGCCCUCCCCUUCUCCCGGCCUCUGCUUGGGAGAGGGAGUAGUUUAGCACCCGCUGAGUCCCUGCCGGGUUCUGGGGGCCCCAAGCUGUGCACUGGGGGUGGGGGUGUGCAGGGGGCCUGGUGCCCUCCCUCAGGGAUUCUGUAAGCAGAUGAAGACGACAGACAAGUCUGAUGCUGGCAUUCCGAAGGUGUCACUGAGUGAGGACCUGGUACCGUGCACUGGGAGCGUUACCAUAACGCUAAGAGCGUUAUGUUUGCGAUCUUAGUUAAGCCCCUCACCUCCCCUGGGAGGUGGGCAUGAGCUCCCCUCCCCAGGGGCCUGCUAAGGUCUUGGGAGGGUAAGGCUGCCCUGGAUCCCAGGUCUGUUUGUCACCCUCUGCUGGGUUGCUCCUAACCACUUAAGUGCACCUUACAGGGUGUACAGCGUCAGGAGAGUAACUGGAGUGGUUCUGACCGAGGAUUUUAGCAGGUCAGAGAGGGAAGGAAGGGAAGCCUUUAGGGAACACCUUGGACAGGGGAGAACUUCGCUGCAUGUGCACCUCACGCACAGCACCCCGUGGCCCGCAUCCAGUUCUCGGCUGUGGGAACGAGUUGCGUAACCUCUGUGAGCCUCGGUCCCUCCCCUGUGAGAUGGGCCCUCCACGAGCAGCCGCCAUUAUGUCUUCCGGAGGUCCCUGUUGUCCCUGCAGGGACACUCAUCCGGUUGCCAUGUUACCAGUGAGGGGCUCCCCCUAACGCUUCUCAUUCCAGGAGACAGAGGACUGACAGAUUGAACUGUCUGGCAUCCUUGGGACCAGCUGCAGGCUGGUGGUAAGUUCUGGGCUUAGGGACCAGUGGGGACCUCUGGGCCUUGAGCCCAAACCCUUUGCCCCAUUCCAGACCACUGCAGGCAAGGUAGUAAUGAAGACAUCUUUGGUGUCCUCUUGGCCGUAUAGGAUUUGGGCAUUCCUGGCCAUGAAGCCACCCACUCCCCCCUCUACUUGCCUAGCCAGACCUGGAGCCCGGGAGUGGGGAGCAGAGUGUGUUUUGGUUACUGCCUAUCUUGUGGGACACAGCACCAGUCUGGUCCACACCCAUUACCUCUUCUAAUCUUUGCGAUGAUCUCCCCUUUGUCAUUCAGCUGGGGAGGUAGUACCCCCUGGGAAGUGGUGAGAAGGUACCCAAGCUCACGCAUGGGAUGUGCUGGGAACCAGGCAGGAAGGGCCAUAGGCAGCCCGCAUCCCUCCAGCUGACGCCGCAGGGGUCUGAUCCUUGGAGCCGGUCACUAGGUUGGAUGAGCCCACGUCUGGGUUUGGGUGAAUGCCGAGGUCAGGGUUGGCAACAGUGUGUGUGGGGACCCUGGUGGCCACCUUGGCCCUGGCACUCCCUGCCCCUCCCCUCUAGUCUCCUGGUGCUGGGUGCCAAUCUUGCUCUCGGGUGUGGCCUGAGGGCUUAAGCUUAGUGGUUAGGGCUGGGGCUUGGGGGUCCUCGGAGCUGAACUUGAAUCCUGGCCCUACCACGGACUAGCUACGCGCACUUGGACGAGUUCCCUCACUUGCCCGAGCCUCGUGCUCCUCACCUGUGAAAGAUGGCAGUGGUACCUGCGGUAAGAAGCCACUCGAUGGGAGCCAGGACCGUGAUCAUAUCUGGGUAUCCGCUCCCGCAGCCCCUCCAUCCGGUGUAAUAGCCCCCAGGCUCAGGUGAGCCUCCCCCCGCGCCCAGCCCUCCCUCCCUCAUCCCCAGGGGCCAGCGGGGCCUUAGGCAGGUGGCCCGAGACUGGAGACUCCAGGAUCCAGGGACAGAUGGCCCCCCGCCCAGCUCCUCCAGCCGCAGCUGCCUGUGCUUUAGCUCCUGUUGGCGGUUUCCCAUCCUUGAAGCUGGGAGGAGGGGCUGAAGCCCCGGUAUCCAGGGGGUGGGGCCUGGGUACUCUCCGACUCAGGCUGUGGCUGCUGCGGAGGGGAGGGGGGACAGGAAACCGGGGCCUUUCCGCCCAGUGUCGGUGCAGAAGGGUCCCGCCUACCACAGGCAGUAGGCCGGGCUGUGGUAGGAUCAGCCUGAGACAGGGAACCGGGCCCUUCUGACUCACUGCUCCCCGGUGGGGAGUCGGGCACACUGGAGCCUUGUGCCAGGAGGUCGGUCCCUCUCCCCAAUGCUGGGGAAAACUUCCCUCAGGUCGGGCCGGACCCGCUGACCCGCUGGGCCCAGGGCAGGGCAGUAGGUAGUCUCUGCAGCCCGAACAACAAGGGUCUCCAACCCCACAGAUGGUGGGAGCUUCAUGGAGGAGGCUGUGGCACUGUUUUGAUUCCUUGAACGUUUCCAGGCCACCGUAUCCUGUUUGUAGGUUAGAGUAGUCCCUAAAAAUCAUGCCCAGGGUUCUUACUUAAUGAGUCCUGCUCUGUGCCCAGCCCUGUGCUAAGCUUCAUCAGCUUUCUGUCUCACAGCCCAAAUACUCGAAAGAUUCUGUGAUCGUCUUUCCCAUUUCAUAGAUAAAGGCAACUGAGACCUAUUGAGGUUAGGUGCCCUGCACAAGGUCUCAUAGCUGUAAUGCAUCAGCAGUGGGAGUGAACCCGGUCCUGGCUGGCCCCGCAGCCAGGGUGCCCAGCUACCACCCGGCCUGCUGCCUUGCAUGCCUGUGGGUAACUUCUCAAGGAGGCUUGAGACAACAUGCAUGUCCCCAGGGUCCUCACUUGUGGACGCUGGAGACACCAGAGCUCCUAAGAGGCAGCCAGGCAGCUCUGCUGGUGGUGACAAGUUGGUGGACGGUCACCCUCUGCAUGCUUGUCCUUGGAACCAUGAUUGUAAGAACUUGCCCUCAUUGGAGGUGCCCGAAGGAUGUUCUGCUUCUGUGGGGUCUGUGGAGAAGCCACAGGGCCCGGGGGCUAUAGAGAUUGUACACGAAAUCCAUGUUCGUGUUGGUGCAGAUUCUGGGGAGAAGGACCGUACACAGACCUCACAGUGUUUCAGGUUGAGGGGGCACGACUCCAGAGAAAAAGAAGCACUGGGGCCUCCAGUAACCCCUUGGCUGACCCAGACCACAGAGGCUGAGUUUGGACCCCACCAGAUCGCCUCCCCUGGAAGGUUGCACUGGCUGAACUCUAUGUGGGCAUACCGCUCGCCUUGAAGGUUGAUUCAGGACACAGCCCUGCGAAGCUUCUCCUUGGACUUAUUAGGUGUGAGGUCUACCUGCUCAGGGCUCUCUAGGAGACCCUUAAGAAGAAAUCUUGUGCUGGAUUCAGUAUCAGUAAUAGCUGGGCAUCUCUUGAGCAGGUGCUUAAUCUUCAUCUCACGGAUGCUAUGAAACGUGUAAGUGAAAUAUUUCCUUUUUCCCACUGGCAGCCAGGUAGCUCUGACCUGUCUGUGUCGCCCAGAAGUGUCUUGGUUGUUGUAUACUACGUGGCUCCUAGUUCUUUCAGACUUUCGUACCCUUGUUUUCCCCUUGCCUCAUUUUCAUCACCCCAUUUUCCUUAGGAAGGAAAAACCUUGCCGUUUUAUGUGUUUUAGCCUUAACUAAACAAACAUUUAUGGUGGAUCGAUGCUGGCUACUGCAGACGCAGGGAUUAAGCAUUUCCUUUCUGCAGUCUCCAUCCCAGAGGCCUGUUUGCCAACUCCCCCCCACCCCGCCCCCGUCCAGUUCCCUCUGCCCCUUGCUCCAGUUCCUGGGACCCCAGAGCCUUGGGGCCCCUCCAUACUGGCUCCUGAGUCUGGUGAGAAAUACAAUGUUCAGGUUUCUUCCUCUGCUUUUCCUGUCUCCCCAGGGCUUCACAAAAGGAGGAAAAAAGUGACAGGGAGAAAAAACGGGGAGGGGAGUCAUUUCCCCAACUCAGGCCUUAGCUGCUCCCCAAAGCCCCAGCCCCCCUUUUGAGGUCUCGCCCUUUUUCAGCUGCUGCCUUGUCUCAGCAGCCCCAGGUGACUGCUGUCCCCCACCUGAGCAGACCAAGCCCAGUUCUGGCAGAAAGGUGGUGAAUUCGACCCUGGUGCCUUGGAAGUGUGGGAGGAGAGAGCUGGCCGGCAGUGCCCUGGGGACGGAAUCGGGGACACAGUGAGACGCCAGUGCUGAGUUUCAGUGCCCCACCCUGUCAUCAGUUGCCCCUCCAGUUCUUGCGUGGCGUAGCUUCACUCUGUCCCCCAAGGUUAAUAAACUCAAACUGAAACAACACACUCAGUCUAAACUAUGCCUUCCUCCCACCCGUCCCCUAGCUCCUCCCACCGGGCAGCUACAGCUAACUGGUUCAGUGCAAGUUCUCGUGGUUGUUCCUGCAUAAAUUCAGAUACAUAGAUUUUUUAAAAAUGAGAAAUGGUGGCACACUAUUGCCCAUGUCUCUUUUGGCCCUAGAUUUUUUACUUAAUAAUAUAUUUCGGGUGAUGUUUCCACAUCAGUGCUUACACAUCUGUGGAGACUUCUCGGAUAGAAUCAGUUGAAAAGAAAACCCUGGGGUCGAGGAGGAUGCUAAUAAUGAAGGGGUUAAGCCUCUAGGGAAGAGAAGGGAUGCCCACAUGCGAGUUUUAGGACGUUUAAGAACCUUCUAAUUGUGUGUAUUAAAUUGUGGGCACAAAGGGGUCUUCCUGGGAAGAGGGAUUGUGUCUCUCCAAGGGGGGUCCGUGGCCCAGUAAAGACAAAGGCCCAUAGCACUGUGUUGCGUGGGAUGUAAUAGAGCAGGUGGCAGGGGCUAACUCUGCAGAGGGCAGAGCCCCUUGGUCCGUGGGCCUCACUGGGGCAGCCACGGUCAGACUGAGGGAGGGGCAGAGCUGCCAGCCCUGGUAUAUUCUUGGAAGGUGACUGGAGCCUUCCCACUUCUGAAGGAGGGUCCCCCAGCCUGCGGCGAUGGUGGCCCUGACUCUGAGGACGGAGUAUGGGGCCUUCCUGGGAUCAGAAAACUCCAGUGGCCAGAUCUGGGAAGCCCUUAGAGUCAUUGGAUCUAUGGAAAAACUGAGGCGCAAAGAGGCCAGGCGGGUGAGUCCAAGGUCACCCAGCCAGGGAAAUGCCGAGCCUGUGGGCUGCCCCUGCCUGUGACAUUCGUUUAGGGUUCCUUCCCCUGCCAGAGCGGAAUGAGACUAGGAGGCAGAGGCCCUCCGGAUGAUGUGAGGCUGCCUGUUGCUGCUUGCCUCUUGCUGUGUGGGUGAGGGAGAGGGGGCGCACAGAGCAGGGCCCGUAGCUCGGGUGGCGUGUCAUCCUCACACCUCAUGCCACCCGCAACAUCACCUCCCGCUGCCUGCAUCCUCACAUUAGGCUGCAGCCAACCAGCCAGGACUUCUGAACCCAGCAAAGACGCAGCGCUAAGAGGCUGCACUACAGGACGUGGCCACUAGAGGGAAGUAGGAAAGCCACUGCGGUGGCUCCGCAGGAGAAAGCUCCCAGGCUGGGAGAGGAGCCGGCGGAAGUGGUUUUGGGCAGAGACCUGCCUGGCAGAGGUCUGGGCACAGCGGUUAGGGAGAGUGCUGAUGUGUUCUGAGGGGCUUCCCUGAGACAAAAAGCAAACAAGACAUUUAAUGAUGAUGAUAGUAACAUUUGUUGAGUGCCUACUCCAUGCCAGGCACUGUAUUAACUAAUCAGUCCUCACAACAGCCUUGUUAAGAUUGUCCCUACUUCUCAGGUGAGAACGCAAAGGUCCAGGGAGAUUGAGAAGUCUGGCCAUCAACGGGGCUGGUGCCAGAGCCACUGUCCCAAGCACAGGGCUGUGCCGUAUUAAAUGCCUGUUCAUAUAACCACCGCUAUGGUUGUACCUCCUUUACGGGUGGGGAGACUGAGGCUCAGAGACAACUGGUGAGUCACCCAGGUCCAUGCACGUGCUAAGUGACAGAUCCAGGUGGUUUCAUGGCUUGAGCUCUUAGUUCUGAAUUACAGUUCUCCCAGGAAGAGGUGUUUUCCACUCCCAUCCUGUGCCCUGCUUUAUCUGAGCUUUCUUUUGGGAGUGGGUGACUUCCAACAGAAGUUACAGAUUCUUGGUCCCUGUGUCUAAGGCGCGCCUGGAUUUUGACUAACCAGAGGUGGAGGGAGGCCAUGCCAGAGGCUGCUAGAAGCCCAGAGAGGGGCUCUGGGGCUCACAGUCUGGCUUAGAGGAUGAGGGCCUUGAGGAGUCCUUUGCAGUGGCCAAAGCUCCCCUGGGAACAAAGGGCCUGGCCUCGGGGCCUCUGGUUUCCAGGGCAGAUGCCUCCAGCAUACCAAGGAUGCUUGGCCGGCCGUGGCCCCGGCUCUGCCAGGCUGGCAGGAGAGCAGGGGCAGUUCUAGGAGGGCCAGAUUUCCUCCAUCUUCCCGUUCCCAUGCCCUCGCUUUGCCCUCCUGGGGCAGGGGGAGGGGGAUGGCUUGUGUCUGGGCCUUCAAACACAUUCCCCUCCUGUGUGCCCAGGCUGCACCUAGUGAAUCUGAGUCCUACUUUUUUAGGGAUUUAUAACUUUGCAAUGAUGCUUUAGUUACUUCUGAUUUAUUGACAAAGACAGCAGGCUCCAGGCCUGGCCUUACGUUUCUUUGGGUGACGGUAGGGAGGGAAAGUGGGGGGAAGAAACUUAAAUGGUCUCCUCCCUGAAAGGUGCUUCUCUUUAAACAUAACCUUGGGUGAAUUGUUUUUGGAACUGGAAUCCUAGAGUUAAGUGGAGUCCCUUUAAGCCUUCUGUUUCCUGUCUUGGUGGGGACCAAAGGGUGUUGGAUGUAGUUGAAGAGGGAGUGGGUCAGGGAGGAGGGUUCGAGCAUGGACUCUAGAGCGUACCGCCUGAGCUGGUAUCCUGGCUCUACCUCUUACUAAGGGUGCGAGCUUGGGGAAGUUAUCUAACCUUGCAGAACCUCAGUCUGCUUAUCUGUAGAAUGGGACUAUGACCUCACAAGGUUAGUGAGGGCUAGACGAACUGAUGCCUGGGAAGGGAGCAUAUGCCUGGGAGAAACAUCUCGAAUGCCCAGUAAGUGCUUGCUUUCCUUUGUGUUAUUUUAUCCAUAGUGCCCAGAACUCAUACUAGGUAACUAACAUGCUUGUGAAUAAAUACAAAGGAAAUACAGUGGAACGAAACAGCAUUGCAACUAAAGAACGGACCCCUAAAUAACUUAAAAAUAUUACUUUGCGUGAAUAUUGGUGGCUUUCCCUCCCUGUUCUCUAAAGUGUCCACAUUUGUCUUGGGGCACUUGGAAAGGGUGGGCCUGCACUUUGCAGGGGAGUCACAUUUAAUGCAGAGAAGCUGUUCUCUCUGGGUACCGAUGGAGACAGCACCUUCUGCUGUCGUGGUGUGAGGCAGGGUGGGGUGGGAAGUGGUCAGGGCUGUGGUGUUGCUCUGGUCACGUUGGAGUUUCCCUAGAAUUUAGACUGUGCUUUCCCCCAUUUACUGCCACCUGGUGACAUGGUACUGCUUCCUCUAGGUACCAAGUGGAGUUUCAUACUUAAAACAGGACUCCGAGGCCCCAGAGCCUCAGCCGGCCCCCUGCCAUCUCACUCCAGCUUCUGUGCCCCUCCUCAAGCUUCAGCAUGUUUCUUGCCCACUGUGCUGGUGUGAAAGGGCCACAGCACUGGCCUAAGAGUCUGUCCCAGAGGGAUUCGAGUCUCUGCUACUUCUUCCUUGCUUAUCAUGCCCAUUUGCUUAGUCUUUGAAUCUUAAUUUCAUCAUCUGAACAAUGGGAGUGAGGACGGUGACCUUCCAGAGGGGGCUGUAAGGAAUAACAUGAUGUGGCGAGUUGGGUGAGUGAGCCGAGCCAGGCAGCCCUGCAGGUUUGGGAAAUGAGGACCUACUCGCCCUGCCCUCCAGGGAGUCGUUCCAUACAGGGAUGUGGGAAGCAUAUUCACAGGCACAGGAGUUCACCCCAUCAGCCACGAGCCAGUAGAUCGACCAGACCAGACAGCAAAGGGAAGAAGCAUGCUCUAAGUCUCAGAGACCGUCUGAAGUCCCCUUCUAAUGUCCGGCCCCUCUCAUGCUGGUUCACAAACAAAUGGGGGGGGUCAUUAAUUGAAUGCAUGUUCGAAGGCCAAGUACAGGUAACCUGGAGGAACGGUAAAUCGAAUCUCCUUAGAAGGAAGGAGAGUGGGCUCUGGGGAACCUGCUAGAUGGGGGUAAGCCAAGCAUGUGAGUUCAGGUAGGUUUCUCCACCUCUCUGUGCCUCAGCUUUCUCUUCUGUGAAAUGGAGCCAAUACUUUCCAUGUAAAGUUCUUGCGGGGAAUUGACGAGCUAGGGCGGGGAAACCGCUUAGCACUUAGGAAAUACUCAGUGGACACUAACAAAAAUAACGUUGCCGUCUUGGUGUUUUAACUUAGGAUCUGUGAAGAGCAUCCAGAUCCCGGAUGCUCCCUGGUCCACUGUUGCUUUGAGUUUCAGGUAGCCGUUCUCCUCUCUCCGGGUGGCUAGAAGAGGAACCUCACUUCCUGUCCCCUCCUCGUGGGCCUCAGCGUGUGGGUGGUCUCGGCUGAGCCACCGCUUCCGCCUGGAGAUCUGGGUCUUGUGGCCACAGGGCUGCUGCACAGGCAGUGACUGCCGGCUGGGCCUGGAGACCUGGCGGCUGCGGACUGCCCAGCCCAGAACAGCCCCUCUUUGACCUCACAUGGUGGAGAAGCAGCCCCAUGAAGGUGCCCAGCCAUGCAAUGUUCCUGGAAGGCCGUCCUCCUCCUUGCCCUGGCCUCCAUCGCCAUCCAGUACACGGCCAUUCGCACCUUCACCGCCAAGUCCUUCCACACCUGCCCGGGUCUGGCGGAGGCGGGGCUGGCCGAGAGGCUGUGCGAAGAGAGCCCCACCUUCGCCUAUAACCUUUCCCGGAAGACCCACAUCCUCAUACUGGCCACCACGCGCAGCGGCUCCUCCUUCGUGGGCCAGCUCUUCAACCAGCACCUGGACGUCUUCUACCUGUUUGAGCCCCUCUACCACGUCCAGAACACGCUCAUCCCCCGCUUCACCCAGGGCAAGAGCCCCGCGGAUCGGCGGGUCAUGCUGGGAGCCAGCCGUGACCUCCUGAGGAGCCUCUACGACUGUGACCUCUACUUCUUGGAGAACUACAUCAAGCCGCCGCCCGUCAACCACACCACCGACAGGAUCUUCCGUCGCGGGGCCAGCAGGGUACUGUGCUCUCGCCCCGUGUGCGACCCUCCGGGCUCCGCGGACCUGGUGCUGGAGGAGGGGGACUGCGUGCGCAAGUGUGGCCUGCUAAACUUGACGGUGGCCGCCGAGGCCUGUCGGGAGCGCAGCCACGUGGCCAUUAAGACGGUGCGGGUGCCCGAGGUUAACGACUUGCGGGCCCUGGUUGAAGACCCCCGGUUAAACCUCAAGGUCAUCCAGCUGGUCCGCGACCCACGUGGCAUUCUGGCUUCCCGCAGCGAGACCUUCCGCGACACGUACCGGCUCUGGCGGCUCUGGUACGGCACCGGGAGGAAGCCCUACAACCUGGACGUGACGCAGCUGACCACGGUGUGCGAGGACUUCUCCAACUCCGUGUCCACCGGCCUCAUGCGGCCCCCGUGGCUCAAGGGCAAGUACAUGCUGGUGCGCUACGAGGACCUGGCCAGGAACCCCAUGAAGAAGACCGAGGAGAUCUACGGCUUCCUGGGCAUCCCCUUGGACAGCCACGUGGCGCGCUGGAUCCAGAACAACACGCGGGGAGACCCCACCCUGGGCAAGCACAAAUACGGCACCGUGCGAAACUCGGCGGCCACGGCCGAGAAGUGGCGCUUCCGCCUCUCCUACGACAUCGUGGCCUUUGCCCAGAACGCGUGUCAGCGGGUGCUGGCGCAGCUGGGCUACAAGAUGGCCAAGUCGGAGGAGGAGCUCAAGAACCCCUCCAUCAGCCUGGUGGAGGGGCGGGACUUCCGCCCUUUCUCGUGACCAGGGCUCUGUGGGUGGGGGCGAGGGGGACACGGUGUCGGCUUUGAUAAAAUGGACCGUUUUGAACUGUUGCCUUACUUACCCCUCCCUCUCCCACCCCGUCUUUGUGUCCUCCCUACCCCCUGUCCAGACCCCGCUUCCUCUGCCUCUCUUUGUCUCUGAAAUUUGCACUAAGUCUUGGACAGGAAUCUCUGGGGCAGAGGGGGCCUGAAGUGGGGUCCAGCCCCAGCCCCACCCCGUUCAGACACAAGGAUGUGUGUCUCUGGUAGAUGGUGACAAUGUUUACAAGCACCGCACUUACACAUUCACACAUGCGCGCACACACACGGGCACCUGAGAGGAGAGACACCCCAAACCACACAACUUCUGAAGCUUCUCCAGCGGACGAGUGGCGAGGGUAUGGUAGUUUUUGCACUGUCUUACUUCUACGAGGUAAGAAGUUAAAAACAAAAAGCCCACCUCUCUCUAAUUUAUGAAUGGCGUUUAUCCCUCCCCAUCCUGCUUCUGCCCACCAAUGCCCACUGCCCCUCCCUCCCUUGGAGCAGAGAAACUGCCCCCUCCUGCCCGCCCUUGCCUGUCAGGUGAGCAGGUUUUUACUGUGAGGUGAAUGUGGACCUUGUUUAUUUUUUCCAGUCUGUGGCAAUGCUGUUCGUCUGUCUGAGUCUUGUGGCUGCCUCUGGACCAGUGAUGGCUGAUAAAUGUUAUGGUUUUCUGAUUGAUCUUGGGGUCCAUCUGUGAUAUUUCUUUGUGCCAAAAAGAAGAAAAAAAAAAGAGUGGUUCGGUUUGCUAAAUGAACAUUGAAAUGCUUUAUAUGUGUUUUCUGUAAAUAAAAGAGUGCAAUAAUGUCUGAA